UUAAUAGUUAUUUAUUUCUGUCAGCUGAUGUUGAUGUUAGUGGGAGUGAAGUAAACAACGGCCAAGGCCGAAGGUCACAGACUCCUAAGACAAUUUAAGGUGUACAAUAUUUAGAAUAUGAGAGCUCUUGUGAGUGAGUCACAGAACAAAAACUUGAUGAGAAUAUACCAACGUAACUAGCGGUUACUGUUAGGGUUUCGAGCUAUUUAUAAUUGCCAGUGGAUAUUUUGCCGUGACCAGCUACCUGCAGGUAUAAUAUUCAACGCUGCAAUGGCUGAAUUGAUCAAGAUAAUAUUAAAUUUCUCUGAACGUGCUGGAGAAAUUGCUCGAUCAAUUCGUCGGGAGCCAAAGUUAUUUUCCUUGUUGGUUGAAGAAAAGGGCGAGAGUGAGAAGAAUCAACGGUUUACCCAUGACUUCAAAACCUUAGCAGAUGUCUUGAUUCAAGAGGCCCUCAGACACUAUCUCACUCAGAUGAUUCCCUCCCUUGGUGACCAUGUUCAAGGAGAGGAAAGUGCCGAGUUCACAAAUACUCUUGGAGAAAAAAUUACUGUACGGAUCUGUGAUACACAGCAAGAAACUGCCAUCCUUCUUGCGAAGGUUUUAGAUGGUAAUCAGGAGGCAGCAGAUAUUUUAGCAGAUGUUGUUCAUUCUGACAUAUCUUGGAGCCCAGAACCUGAAUUGAUAGAAAAAAUACCUAAUUUGCCUAUAGAGAAGUUGGGUAUAUGGAUUGAUCCAGUUGAUUCUACAGGAGAAUAUGUGAAAGGCAAAACUGGGACUACUCAAGGGAAUAUAUAUAGCCAGGGGCUUCAGUGUGUUACAGUCCUUAUUGGAUUAUAUGAUCGUAUGUCUGGCUUACCUGUUGGAGGGGUCAUCAAUCAACCAUUUGCUGUUUUUAAUGAAGAGAGUAAAAGUUGGCAGGGAAGAGUUUACUGGGGAGUGAGUCAUGGUGGCAUCAAUAUUCAUAAUGUACCACUAGACACAUACAACACCGAAGAUGGACGUCCUGUACUGGUGAUGUCGUCAAGUGAAGAUACAAAGAUUCAAGAUAAAUUUAACAAAACCUUCACUGUAUUGCAUGCCACAGGUGCUGGCUAUAAGCUCCUAGUGGUAGCCUUAGGGUAUGCAGCAGCUUGUGUAUCAUCAAAGGGAUCUACCUUUCGGUGGGACACAGGUGCUCCUCAUGGGCUUCUAACAGCACAGGGAGGUGGUGUGGUAAUCUUUAAGCAACUUGAUCAUCUAACAAAAGAGGGGGAUAUUGGAGGUGACAAUCUGAAUGAACUUCAAAUCAGGUAUCACAAACCAAAUGACCAUGCAGUACAACCUAGUUUACAGUGGAGCAAUGAAGGUGGUUUUGUGGCUUACAGGGAUCCAAGUACAUUAUAUCGCAUCUUAGAGUGUAUUUAAUACUGAUGAUAGUAAGGUAUGAUACCAUUCUUUUUUCACUGUUCCUCCAUUCUUGAAAUAAGUUUUACUUUGGAGCAAGAAUCAAAUUGUGUUUGUAAUGUGUUUCUGGUCAUUUAUAAAUAGCUUUAUUUUAUGUGAAAUUACUGAAAGAUAUAUCUUAUAUUUUGUUUUGGUAAUUAUUCAGAGCUGCUGACGGUCACGAGUUGUAUACUGUACAGGGUAUUAGCCUUUGUUUAUUAUGUUAAUUCAUACUUGAACUUGAGUCUGCCAUUUAUUUAUUACAUCAUAAUAUUAAAGUGUUAUAUUAUUCUUGAUUGGUUUGUGGGUAAACUAUGUUUGUUCAAGAGUAAGUUGUGUGGAAGCUCUUACGAUCCACACUUCUGAAUUGUAUGAGAGCACUUACACCAUUAUUGAUUAGUACUGUUUCAUAAAAGGUAAAAAGAAUAAUGCUGUUUUCAUGAAAAAUAUUUUCAAUUUAAAUCUGUACCGCACCAGAGUAUUCAUUGUCCAUUGUCAUUUUUCUACAUUAGUAAUUUCAUACUUAAAACAUUUCUUUAGCAAUGAAUUGCUUUCACAGGGCACUAAUUCUUCUCUUCUUGACACUACAGUAGAUGCUUCUUGACACUCUCAGUGAUAUUUCACUCUUUCUAUAAAAAUGUUGGAAAAUAUUCAACAACAUCCAUUUCAUCCCCCUUUACUUUUUCCCACAUCAUUGUUCUAUUGAUUCUGUCACACACUUGGUCUGUGUUCAGAAAUACCCCAACAAACUCUUUCCUGUCUCCAGAUAUGUUUCACUCCUUUAUGCAAAUAAUUAAUACACAUUUCCAAUUCCUUUUUUAAACCCACACUAAUUUUUUAAUCAAGUACUGCUUAGAAUUUGCAUUUAGAUUGCCGGGUAUUUCAUUCUUUAAUAAAAAAAUUUAAUUGGAAAAUUACUUGUGAAUAUGAUAUAAAGAACAAUGUAAAACAAAUCUUUCCUAUGUGUCCCUUUUAAGAAGAUGAAUUGAAUUUCACUUAAUGCACAUUAUUUUUUGUCAAAUUUUGAUUACGUAGUGAUAUUUUUGUUCCUUUGAAAGGUCAUCUUUCCAUUAUAUUAUUUCCUUUUAGUUAUAAAUAUGUAUGUUUUUUUUCUAUGAUUAGUGAUUAUAUGGUAGUACUGUAGUUGACUAUCUCUCAUUUGUAUUGGGCGUAUAGAACAUUCCCCUUCAACUAACAACUGUCUUCCUUGGAGCUACAUUCCAGUAUUGAAUACACUAAAAACUUUCAUAAUUCAGAAUGAUAGUGGCUCUACCUUUAUUGAAAUAAGGCAAAUUGUGAAUAAUGCUCAGUUUCGUAAUGAAUCUCCAUCCUAUCCAGUACAGAAUUUCAACUCAUCAGCAAUCGACAAACUCUUGUAGUUUCAAUGCUAUUUUCUUAACAGCUUCUGUAGAAUUGCUAUGGCCCCUGCUGGAAAACAUUUUAAAACACUUACGCCCAUAUUAUUAAACAUCAUCUUUCCUUGAAAAGGGUCGUCGUGUAUCAACCCGAGUUUUAAACUAAAUGAGUCCUGAGGGACACCGCAGUACAGUACGUAACGGGGUGGUGUGGCGAUAAAAUUAACUAAUUCCAAUAUUAUAAAAUAAUUUUAUUGGAAUUAGUUAAUUUUACCUCCACACCACCCCGUUAAGUACUGUACUGCGGUGGCCUGGGAGUUUGUGAGGGCACAGGUAUGAGAUAUGGCACCGCAGCGCCGUAGCCAUAUUGUGGAAUUGUGGAUUACCUUGUUUGCUGAUUCCCCUUAGUUCAUUCCAAGUCACUCGGUUAUGGCUGCACAACAGUGCUGCAUAACACACAUUACAGGGUUCAUUUACCUGUUUACCAUCUUUGUAUCUUAUUGCAGAUGUUGAUGAAAUGUAUCAGAAUGGUGUGAAAGAUAUUUGUGAAUCAUUUUUAUAUAAAUAUAAGGUGUAAUAUUAUAAGAAGGGUAAAUGUUCUGCUAUGUCUGUUGUCAACUAGUUGUCAGACAACAACUGUUGUCAUAAUAUAUUUGUUUGUUAAAAUUGUAUUUGUAAACAAACAUCUGACAGCAUAUUAAUUUACCUGAUUUACCUAAUGCCGAGGGAAGGAGGCCAGUGGCCUGUGUAGGAUCUCUCUAUUGUUCCAGAUAAUUUUAUUUCAUAUGCAGUGCGACACUAUCAUCUUGGCAGCGGUGUGAUACAAUACACAGCAGUCACGGUAGAAUAGGAGCACAGUUUGAUGAAUGUAGAAAAAUAUGUAUUUAUAGUUCAGAAACUUAUAUCCAGUAGUCUGUAUCAAUAAAUGUUUAUAAAAUUAUAA